CCUGACAAUGAUCCUGAAAUGAUUCCAAUUUAUAUGAAGAAACUUCUGCCCAUCUUCAUCCACACAUUUCAAUCAUCCAUGUGGCUGCCAGUCAGAAAGGCCAGUUUGACAUUAAUAAAAAAAAUAAUCGGUUAUAUUGAGGCAUCGCUUCUCGAAGAAAUUGUCAAGCCUGAUUCAACGUCAUCAAAUAGCAACAUAUCAGUCCAGUUGUCUGAAAUUCUCUCGACCGUCCUGAAUGCAGAGGAAGAGGAGGAAAGCCAUUAUGUGGUUCUGCAGAUAAUCCAAGAGCUGCUGAAGAAGUAUCCAUCAGCAUUCAUGGACCAGUUUGUGCAGUUGGGCAUCUUCAAUCGCAUACAGAAUAUGGCUGGUGGCGAGGGAAACGAGGAUGAGAAGAUCGCUAGUCAUGCAUUCAGUGAUCACAACUCUCAUGUCGAAAUGGUUAUGUUCAGACCAUACACAUGGAAAAGUUGGUGUUUGGUAAGAGGUAGAGAUUGCAUUUAUUUGUGGUCUGAAUAUGCAGCUCUUGAACUUUCAAACGGUAGUAAUGGCUGGUUCCGAUACAUAUUAGAGAAUAAAUUGUCGACCAUGUACUCCAGUGGGAGCCCAGAGGGUGGAACUGAUAGUUCAGAGAAUCGAGGAGAAUUUCUUGAGAAACUUCAAAAAGUGAGGAAUCAAGUAAAAGCCAGCAUACCAGUUCAGUCAAUUUUUGCAACCACUGAUGCAUCAGCCCUGGUUGUUGGAAAUUGGACUUUCGUCUGCAAGAAUGAUAAUGAGCUACACAUUCAAAAUUCAGAUGGACAACAGACGACCAUAUUGAAAGAAGAUCAGACAGGGUUCAUCUUUGAGUCCAACAGAGGUACAAAGCAUCCUUUCAUAUCCGCAAUAUCUCUGGGACCUGAGUUUGCAUCUGGGUGGGCUGGACAUAAAAGCAAAAAGUUCUUCUCAAAGACCGAAGAAAUUAAGCAGAAGGUGAAAACCUUGGCAUACGACAUAUACCAAGUCCAUUUCAAAACAGCUCAGUCAAUACCGAGAGGGACCAUGUCACACUUGCACAAUAUUAUCAACAAGCUGGAAUCUGCCUGGAAUCAACAAAUUAAAAAUAUGCCUUGGGAAGAUGAAUUAAGAAGUUCAUAUGAAGAAAUAUUGGCUUUAUUCAACGAUGAGCAUGCCAUGUCGGCUUACGAGUUCUACACAAGUGGCCUCAUACAAUCACUCCUCAAUACUCUUAAUUUAUAUGUAGACAGCAAUGAUAUGAAGCUACUCACCAAAAAAAGGGUGGAUCUCUUCAAACAAGUUUUCAAAGAUAAAAAAGUUGGAAAUCAAUGUGCGAGUGCGUUACUAGUCCGAAAGUUGAUUGCGGUUCUGGAAUCUAUAGAAAAAUUGCCAAUUUAUCUUUUUGACCUACCUGGCACAACAUUUAGCUUGCAGAUACUUUCUAAGAGGUUGAAAUUUAAAUUUGAAAGAGCUGCAGAAGAAUUGAACCUGGUCGACAGGACAGGAAGAUCCCUUAAGAUGGAACCUCUAGCCACUGUAGGAGCUCUUGAGAAAUAUCUUCUCAAAAUGGUCGCCAAGCAGUGGUAUGAUUAUGAUCGCUCCAGCCACACCUUUGUUAGACGACUCCAAGAAGCAACUUUCAAAGAAAUCACAUUUUGUCACCAGAGGGAUUUUGAUGAGAACGGACUCAUCUAUUGGAUUGGUACCAACGCAAGAACAACAAAAGAUUGGAUUAAUCCAGCAUCUUGUGGUUUGAUGGUUGUGUCAUCUUCAGAGGGACGCACAUUGCCGUAUGGAAAGUUGGAAGAUAUUCUUAGUCGAGACACUGCAGCCAUCAACUGCCACACAAAUGAUGACAGGAAAGCUUGGUUUGCCAUUGAUCUUGGAAUAUGGCUCAUUCCUACAUGUUACACCCUGCGCCAUGCGCGAGGCUACGGAAGAUCUGCAUUGCGGAACUGGUUGUUUCAAGUUUCUAAGGAUGGAAUAACGUGGCUGACCAUGUUCAACCAUGUUGAGGAUACCAGUCUGAACGAGGCAGGUUCCACAGCAUCGUGGCCAUUGGAACCAUCGAAAGAGGAAAAAGAGGGAUGGAGACACGUUAGAAUUCUUCAGAAUGGGAAGAAUGCCAGUAGUCAGACGCAUUAUUUGUCUCUGUCGGGGUUUGAAAUUUAUGGCACUGUUACUGGGGUGUGCUUGGACUUAGACAAAACGGUUCGUGAAUCAGAAGCUCAACAACGUCGUCAACGUCGCUACAUUCGCAUGCAUGUGCUCAAGAAUAUUGUGCCUGGAGUGAAAGUAGUUCGUGGUUUGGAUUGGAAGUGGAAGGAUCAAGAUGGAUCGCCUCCUGGUGAAGGAGUUAUCAUUGGAGAGUUGCACACUGGCUGGGUGGAUGUUGCGUGGGAUGCGGGAGGAUUGAAUUCGUAUCGCAUGGGGGCAGAAGGAAAGUAUGAUCUGACGCUGGCUCCGGCGCACGGGACUGAGGAAACAUCAACCGCUCUGAAACUCUCCAGCUGUGUUGUACCAACUACUCAGAUCAACAACAGAUUAGCAUCAGAAGCGGUCGCCUCAGCAUUUUUGUUGUCUUCAUCUUUACAGCAAGUCUCCAAUCAUGGAACAUUGAAGCCAAGCAUCAUGAGGAAGUUGUUUUCUCAAGAUCUUCUGCUGGAGAAUAACAGGUUUGCAAGUGCAUCAUCCUCUGCAUCCAACAGGCUGCUCCACAGAGCCAACAACAACCCACUUGGUUGCUAUGUUUUGGGUGGGGCUUCUAAUGACAGUUACCUGCUCAACAUGUUACAGCAAAAUGACACUCUUCAGCACCAACUCGGUUCGCUCCAACAAGUCAAAAGCAAGAUGGGGUAUGUUAUUGCUUGUUUUUUUAAAUAUAUAUUUUGUGUAAAUAGUUUUGCAACAAACAAUCCUAAUUUUAAUCAGGUGGAGUUGGCAGUUGGUUUUCCUCAGCCUUCUUUGCCAUCCACAUCUUGCUCAACCCCUUCCACAGUAGCACAGUCGAUGAGUGUCAGUGUACCAAACCUCAAUACAUCUCUCGAUCAAACUGUCAGCUUCCUGGAAUCCUUCUCAACUAUUGCUCGCUGCAACUUGACAAAUAACCUGAGCAAUUUGUUGGACUCAAACAAUGAAACUAUCAACAGUGCUGAUCAAAAAGUUCAUGCUACUCAGUCUACCAGUUUCACACUGCUCUCAACAGCUCAGAGUUUUCCAAAUUUGACAUCUGGUAGCAGCAGCUUAACAACGCACACACUCACAUCUGCUGCAGAGAGUAGCAGGAUCGCCAGAAGAAAUAACAACAGCCACGUCACUGCACUGAGUCAAGCGUUGACCAUGAGUCUGGCAUCUAGCGACAGUGAUAAUGACUUUUUAGAGAUGUGUCGUGCUACUACGCUGCUUGCUGAACUGGAGGAUGACGAUGAACUACCUGAAGUGGACGACGAAUGUGCCGACAAUGAGAAUGAAGAUAACGACCAGCAGCACCACAAAACUGAGGAGGCCAUGGAUCUCGAUGAUACAACUGCUAAUGAAAGUGAAAACACGACAAACAACAAAGCGUCAAAUAACCUUGACAUCAGCAAGAAGAAAACCUGGGAUGACGAAUUUGAAUUGAAAAGACAAUUUUCUUCUCUCAUUCCAGCUUUCGACCCGCGCCCUGGCCGCACGAAUGUCAACCAGACGCAGGAUUUUGACAUCCCUCCACCUGGACAAGAUCUCAACCUAUCAGAUCCCGGCACAGCCAUCACGUCAUCAUCCAUGCUGGCUGGCUCUAACGCUGACGAAAUAGAAAUUGCGUUAGAAGACAGAGAGGCGAGUAUCUUUAAAUACGUCCAAAAUCUAGUCAUCCAGUCAUCUGCACCCUCUUCCAACAACAAACAAGACAGACUGAAACGCAUUUGGGAGCCUACAUAUAUCAUUUCCUAUAAAGAAUCGAAGUGUAACCCAUAUCCCAACCAACAUGCUCAUGUGGAUGGUUGGCCUAUUUGGCAAGUGGCGCAACAGCUUGGCACUGCUCUGCUGCCUAAACGCAUUUUGAUUAAUUAUAUGCAAGAACGAGCCCCUCAACACUUUCUCGAAAAGUGGAAACUUAUUGGUGCCGAUAAAAAUGUCAAAAAGUGUCAUAACUGCUCUCAACUGACCAGAGCCUAUAAGGUCAGUUCCACACACAAAACUGCAUUGCCAUCAUCAUCGAUAACAGCAGCAGAACCUUCAACUUCGCUAUUCAAACUAACAACAACAGCUAAACCUUCAGCUACAGAUUUGAUAGAUGGUCACUCUUCGUGUUCUGUUAACGAUGUUUUGUCUUUGUUAAAGCUUCUCCAUCACAUCUUUCUUGAAAAUUCUACAGCAAAUGCAAUCAACGGUAAUUAUCUGGAAAAAGAUCUUCCGACAGUAUCUGAAGAUGACUUUCUAAGCAAAAAAAUAACCAACAAAUUGAUACAGCAAGUUCAAGAUACAUUGAUGCUAUCCACCAAUGCCAUUCCUGAUUGGUGUGAGGAGUUGACCACUAACUAUCCAAUGCUCUUCUCAUUCGAAACUAGAUUGAUGUUUUUCAACUGUACUGCUUUUGGAACCUCCAGGUCGAUUGUGUGGCUGCAGAAUAAGCGUGAGGCCAUGCUGGAGCGCAACAGAACGGCAGGUGGUUUGAGACGAGAUGACGUGCAUGACUUCAAGAUCGGUCGGUUGAAACACGAACGAGUCUGUGUGCCUCGUGAUGAAUCCCUGUUGGACUGGUCAAUGCAAGUCAUGAAGUACCAUGCAUCCAGGAAGUCAAUUCUCGAGAUUGAAUUUAAAGGAGAAGAAGGCACAGGAUUAGGUCCAUCGCUGGAGUUUUAUGCGUUGGUCGCAGCUGAGCUACAGAAAAAGGACAUGGGGAUGUGGUUGUGCGAUGAUGAACUUGAUGGCGAACAGGCUCAUGAUGACAGUGGCAAAGAAAUUGAUAUAGGGAGAGGUGUUAAACCGCCUGGAUAUUAUGUUCGACGAAGUUCUGGCUUGUUUCCAGCACCCUUACCUCAAAACUCUGAUGAUAUGGCUCGCAUUGAAAGUCUUUUCAAGUUUUUUGGAACGUUUGUCGCAAAAUGCAUUCAAGAUAACCGACUUGUUGAUAUGCCUUUAUCAUUACCAUUCUUGAAAAUGUUAUGCAACAAGCGAGACAAUGCUGUUGAGCUUGCUUCUCCAAUAUUGCUCGACGAUGAUUUGACGCCGACUGAGAAUGAUAGUUUCGCAGCAACGCCAUCAACCAUCGCAUCUAGUCUACAACAGUCGACCGUUGGUAGCUGCGUUCAGUUGCUCCCUUGGUACGUCGGCAUCCUCAACAACGAUGAUUUCCUUCUUCUUGACAGCAUCAGAGCCUCUUUUCUAAAUGAUCUAAGGAAGUUGUCUGAAAAGAAGCAGCAACUCAUGAAUGAGGGCAUUUCUCAUGACAAGUCGUCAACUGACUGUAAACUAUUUCUUGAAAACGGUGCCAGGCUGGAAGAUUUAGAAUUGACGUUUGUCUUCAAUCCUUCAUCUAAAGUUUAUGGUUAUUCAACGUAUGAACUGAAAAAAGGUGGAGAAACAGAGCACGUGACGUUGGAGAAGGUUGACGAGUACGUCGAGUUGGUGACCGACUUUUGUCUGGUCAGUGGUAUCAGGAGACAGAUGGAGGCCUUCAAAGCUGGUUUUGAUCUGGUUUUCCCAAUGCACAAACUCUCGGUACUGAAUCCUCUUGAGUUGCAAACAAUUUUGUGUGGCGACCAAUGUCCUAAAUGGUCUCUAGAAGACAUACUGAACUUCACUGAACCAAAAUUAGGAUACACCAAGGAUAGUCCUGGCUUUCAAAGGUUCGUAAACGUGAUGCUGAAAAUGAAUGCCGACCAGCGAAAAUCAUUUCUUCAGUUUGCAACUGGCUGUUCCUCCCUGCCGCCUGGUGGAUUGGCGAAUCUUCAGCCGAGGUUGACCAUCGUUCGAAAGGUGGACUCCGAUGACAAUGCAUUUCCUUCCGUCAAUACGUGCGUACAUUACUUGAAACUACCAGAAUAUUCUUCGGAAGACAUUUUGAUGGAAAGACUUCUGACUGCCAUCAAAGAAAAGGGAUUUUAUUUGAACUAAUGUAAAUUGUGUUAAGUUUUUUCAUUUGUUCUCUAUUUUAUUUUGUAUUUUUAAUCUUUCGUCGUUGAAUAAUGCAAAUUAAUUAGAUGAUGUUGAUUAAUUUUAUUACACAUGUGAGGCAUUUGUGCGAUAUUAUAAAAGAGGUAAUUUAAAGGUUGCUUGGAUAUUUUGUGUAUGGAAUAAUUUUAGAUCAUCUCUAUAUUUUCUGUUUUGUUCCGGAAGUCAUGCCCAACCUGUCAGAUGGCUGGCAGUAAAGAGAAGUUCAAAACAUUUGCAAAAAUAUCUCGCGUUGUAAUAAAUAGCGGACCCAAUCAUGUUUUAAAGGUGAAGGAGGAGGAAGAGGAGGGGAGGAACCUGGUUUGGUGUGGCAUCAGGAAUUGUGAGGAUAAUUGAUGAGGAUUCUUUUUAUUGUUUGUUUAUCGGCACUGUAUAUAUUUUUGUCAUAGUGAAGUUUUUGCCUAAUUAAACAUAAAUAAAUUAAUAAAUGUUGUUUAUUAUUUAUAUUUAGAAAUUUUUGUCCACUAGUUCAGUUUUUUACUGAUCCAUUUAAUGAACGAUUUCUUCUAUUUGUUGUCAAAUUAUAUGAGAAGUUGUUUUUUUAUACUAUGAUUGCGAUAAUAAGUAGGAGUCAUUUGAACUAAUUUGUAUUUUUUAAUUUCAUUUCAUUUAUUCGUGAUUUUUAUCUGUAUGUGAGCUUGAAUAUAACUUUGUAUUUCAAAGUAACCAUACAAUAUAUAUAUAUAUAUAGUGAACUGGACAAUGCUUAUUUUACUCGCACACAGAAUGAACUCUCCGGUUAAGAAGUUGAGAACUUCUCCAUAUGAAAGAGAAUUAUUAUUUAUUUCAGUUAUCAAUCGAUUUAUAUACGUUUUUAUACUUUUUUUUAUAAAGGUAUUCAUUAGAAUUUUCAGAUGUUUAAUUUGUAAUUGGCUUGAGAACUUUUAAGGUUAAUCAUUUAUUUAUUGUUGAAUGUGGUUGGUGUUGUAGUUGUAACCAAUAUCCUAUCUAUCUGCACGUUUUUACAUAAUUCAGACUAGGUGUUAAUUUAUGAUUAUUGUUUUUUUUAUGUCGUAACAUUACUUCUUUAUUUUCAUUUAGAUAUGGUUACGAUUAUUUUCUAAUUUUAAGAAAAUUAUAUAAAAAUUGUCUAGAAACGUAUAAUCGUGACUGAUUUGAUUCAGAAAUUAAUAAAUUUUAAUAAAAAGAAAUAAUGUAAUGAU